AUGGCUCGGGUGCUUCAGGAGGAAGUAGCGACCAUGCUUGCCAUGGGUGCGGUAGAGGAGGUUCCUAUGUCGGUCUUCCAAUUCGGGGCCAUGCCUUUUGGGCUCAUGACAGCUCCUUUGGUUUUCACCAAGUUGCUGCAGGUGGUCGUGGGAUUCCUUCACUCAUGCGGAAUAGAUGUCCACAUCUAUUUCGACGACUCCCUCAUGCCUCAUUUCGUGAGGGAAUCACUAGUGAAGGACACUAGUCUGGUCCUGAAAGUCUUGCUCAGAGUCGGCUUCAUUCCUUCCAGAGAGAAGUCAAAUUUUUCCCCAUCUCAGGACUUUGUCUUCCUGGCGAACCGUUUUGACAUGGUUCCACCUCUGGAGAAGUUCAAGAAGGCCAGGGCUCUGGCUCUGACCUUCAUCGCUUGGUCGCAUGUCCAGGAUGAGGGAGCUUACCUCGAUGGGCAAUGCUACUUGGAGGAGUGGUCUGGCGAACAGCUCUCGGAGCACAUCAAUGGUCGAGAUGAGGGCUGUUCAACUGUCUCUGCAGUCCUUUCGGGGGAUCCUGCAGUCCAAAGUACAGCUAGGUCUACUACAGAAAAACUGUUACGCCAGCAGAUCCUUGCCCAGCGGAUUAAAAAUCGGGCUCAGAAACUACAAAAUGAAUUGGUGGAGCAGCUAAGUAUAGAGUUGGAACAAUUACUUCAGGGUUUUGUCACAGAAGUAGAACACCUGGAUCGCAAUGGUGACGCCAAUGACAACUACACAUCAUUUCCCUCCAAAGCAGAAAAGAGACGCCAGAAAGGAGAAUUGCCUGACAAAGUAUUCCAUAUGCGCAGAUCUAUGCUAACAGAGCUGUUUGAGAUUAAUCACAUCCGAACAAUCUAUCAUAUCUUUGUGGCCAUAUUGAUUGUGUUUAGCUUAAACACAUUUGUGUAUGAUCUAGUCAAUGAAGGAAGACUAAACCUGGACUUUCGGUUGAUGCAAUGGGCACUCGGAAAAUUUCCAAAAGUGAUGGCUUUAUGGGUGUGUAUGACACUCAGCACCCUCGUCAUAGUCUACCCAACAUUUUACUACUGGGUGGUUACCCGGCCACCUGGCCCUGUCAAUAAGACAGAUGUGGCAGCCCUGUUUCUGUUUGUGGUAUAUCAGAUAGCUUUCCUGGUCUUACCAGUUCACUAUAUCAUGGAGCACCAACUUCCGCCUGCUUCAGCCGUUAUCAUCACUACAGAACAGGUGCGGUUAAUUAUGAAGGUCCAUGCUUUUGUGAGAGAGAACAUUCCUAGAGUCUUAACUUCGUGUAAAAAAGAUGAUGGAGAUGUUGCCAUGAAAAGUAACCUUUGUCCAGAUUUUUCCAAAUAUCUCUAUUUCCUGUUUGCUCCAACGCUGGUAUACAGGGAUUCCUAUCCCAGGACAAAGACAAUCCGUUGGAAUUAUGUGGUUACAAACUUCGCCCAAGUGCUGGCUUGCCUUCUUUAUACUUACUACAUCUUUGAGAGAUUCUGUGUUCCAUACUUCAACAACUUUAACAAGAACCAUGUGACACCUAAGGCACUCCUCCUGUCUGUAUUUGGGUGCAUGCUUCCAGGCACUUUAGUGUUAUUCAUAGCUUUCUUUGCCAUCCUUCAUUCCUGGCUCAAUGCAUUUGCAGAGAUGCUGAAGUUUGGUGAUCGGAUGUUUUACAAGGAUUGGUGGAACUCAACAACAUUUGCCAACUAUUACAGAACGUGGAACAUUGUGGUACAUGACUGGCUGUAUACCUACAUCUAUAAGGAUUGUAAUAGGCUGAUGGGUUCGCGGAAUCGUGCUGGCGCGAUGGCCCUAGUCUUCCUGAUCUCGGCCGUGGUACACGAAUACAUCCUAACUGUGUGCUUCAGCUUUUUCUACCCAGUCCUCUUUGUCAUGUUCAUGGGAGCUGGCUUUUCUUUCAUCUUUGUGACGGACAAAGGAGUUUCUCGUAGCUGGAAUGUAUUUCUGUGGGUGGCUCUUUUUAUAGGGAAUGGUCUGCUAAUGUGUCUCUAUAGUAUGGAGUGGUACGCCAGGAUCAACUGUCCUGUUAACACUGAUAACUUCUUGGACUAUAUAAUCCCACGGUCAUGGACUUGCAUGAUUUGAAAUAAAAGAACAACAACAGGACAGAAGUAAUGCAUGGGAAGGACAUACUUAUGCCUAAAGUCGAUUUCUGCUGACAUCAUUAAGUUAUUGUUUUUCUGAGACCAGGGUGUGACAUAUUUAAAUCUGAUUAUUUUUCUGGGACCAGGCUUUGAUGUGAGGAAGAAUAUCUUUUUGUGGGACCAGAUUAUCUAUGAUUGUACAGGUCGAGUGCACUUUGUUGUCUACAGAACAUAUUUACUGGUUACAUUUACUGGGAAGUUUUGAUAGGUGUUUUGAUUCAGGUUUGACUUAAUCAUAGUGCUUAUAUCAUCCUUCAUAUGUUUUCUGUCAUUCUGAAAGCAGUCCCAUUAUAGAACAAAAAUGAUAUUAAAGAUUUCAAAUGCAAUAACACUUCGUGGAAUGCCUUUGCAAAGGAACCUUGUCAUUAUAUUUAUUAUGUUUCUGAUAGCUGUGUUGAAUCAUUUGUAAGUGACUCAUCGUGUAAUUGAGAUUUUGCUGUCUCUUAUCUUUCCGUGGAAAAGGAAUAAUCUAGAUAGACAUGGCCCUAAAAGAGUUCCUAUGCUAAAAUUUAUUAUCUAUUCUAUCACAUGAUCAAUUAUUGUGGCAUAUUUUGCAGAAUACCUUCUUUUCUAUGUCAUUCUUGAAGUGGUCUUGACUCUAUAUCAAUGGAGUGUCCCUUAUGAUGUCACAAUGUUGUCUGUGUGACAUCAGUCCAGUAUCUUAUCUAGCAGUCAUAAAUGACCAUUGGCCUUUUAUGGGGACAAAUUGGUUAAUUGACACUUUAAAUGAAGCAUUUCAAGUAUAAAUUGGGAAAGACCUACAAUUGUCAGAAAGAUCAGCUCUUAUUUUUGUAAAAGUAUGCAAAAGUGUUAUAAGGAUAAAUCCUCCAAAAUCAUGUGAUAGAAAUUAAUGAAUGUUUUUCAUAUGUAUCCAUAUUCUGAAGUUGUACUCCAUUAUAGGUAGAUAAGUUUUGAUCAAAUUGAUGGAAGUUUUAUAAUUAUCUCCCUUUGGUCAACUGUAUGUUUGUGAUCAGUGUGUAAGCUCAAGACUUACGUAUAAAAUAAUUCCA